GCUAUUACGUGGCCAGCCCAACCCGGUCGAGGUGUACUGUGACUGCACAACCACGGAACGCAGGGGAUUAGCCACGUAGCUAUCAUGACAAUGCACAUUUUAUUUGUAUAUAAAAACAGCUGGAUUCGAUCUCGAUAUCAGUAAGGUAGACGACUCGUACCCGUAUACUCCGUCAUUCACCAAGAAUCGUAAAAUGGCUGCACAGACAGUGACGUUGAACAGUGGUCAUAAGAUGCCUCUUGUGGGUCUCGGCUCAUGGCAGGUUACCUCUCCCGAGGAGUGCAAGGACAGUAUCCGUGCUGCACUGGACGCUGGCUACACACACAUUGACACAGCUUAUGCCUACCAGAACGAGGCCUUCAUCGGGGAGGUGCUCCAGGAAUACUUCAAGGCCGGGAAGCUGAAGAGGGAGGACAUUUUUAUUACAACGAAGCUCUGGGUGACCUACCACGAGAAAGACCGUGUUUCUCUGUGUAUUGACGAAAACCUCAAGAACCUACAGCUGGAUUACGUGGAUAUGUAUCUUAUUCACGUCCCUGUCUCCAUGAGGGAAACGGGCAAGAGGAUGGGUCUUUACCCGAUUGAUGAGAACAACAAGCCUGCUUUCACGGAAGUACCGCUGCUGGAAACAUGGAAGGGUAUGGAACAAGUGGUUCGUGAUGGCAAAGCUAAAUCCAUUGGUGUCUCAAAUUUCAACAUGAAACAGAUUGAACUGAUAUGCAAAUCAGCUGCAAUCAAACCCGCCACAGUUCAGGUUGAGUGUCAUUUGUAUCUCCAGCAAGAAAAGUUGUUUCGGUUUCUCAAGGAAAGGGGGAUAACUAUAACAGCCUACAGUCCCUUCGGUUCACCAGCUCGACCAGCUAACAUACAGAAGGAAGGAGCACCCAGAGUCCUAGAUGACCCAGUUGCCAAGGAUCUGGCCACGAAAUACAAACGAUCUGUAGGACAGAUUCAUCUUCGCUAUCUUGUCCAAAGAGGCAUCAUUGCUAUCCCCAAGAGCAGCAACCCUAGCAGAAUCCAGGAAAACUUAAAGGUAUUCGACUUCAAAUUGUCUCACGGUGACAUGUCAAAGCUUGCCUCACAGGACAGGAAACUGCGGUUUUUCGAGGGUCAGGAAUUCAAGACCCACCCAAAUUACCCCUUUGGCGAAGCUCUCUAG